AUGAACGGCUGGAAAAGAGGACCAUUGGACUGCCCACCCCCUUCACCACCACCUUCACCAACAUACAAACGGGUGAGUAGAGGGGCAGAUUAUGAGGAGGAGGAUGAUGAGGAUGUGGUUGAUAGCGACGCUGAUACGCUGGUUAUCGACCAUGAACAGUGUAUUGAUGAUAGCGAUGGUGAUGAUGGUGAUGAUUACGAUGUAGAUGUUCACGAGUUUGAACAUAAUUUGAAAGAAAAAUUGCCAUCUCAUCCCACUCGCGAGUAUGAUUCAAGUGAUGAUGAUGAUGAUGAUGAUGAGUGGCCGAUCGUUGAUUGGGGUGAGGAUAAGGAGGCAGAGGAAGAAAUAAUUACAGGCUUUUCCGAAGCAACAUGCGAGUUAUCGCUGGAGGAGCUUCGGGAACUUGUUGAGGACGCGCGGGCUGCCCGAGUGAGGCUAAACAGUAUAGGUAGAGGGGUGACGCUGAUGCCAACUCUGUAUGAGGUGUAUGCGAUGGCAUUAGCAGAAAGGUUAGAAAGAAAGGUAGAGGAGGAGGGCAUGAUACCGCAAAAUAAAACUGGCUUCAGGAAAGGAAUGGGUACAAUUGACAACGUAUAUGUGUUCAACUAUUUAAUCAAUAGACAGGUGGGAAGGGAUAAGGGAAAGAUGGUGGCGUUCUUUGUGGACUUAAAAGCGGCGUUCGAUUCGGUGGACAGGAAGGUGCUGUGGGAGACUACGGAAAGGAGAGGGGUGAAGCAAGGGCUAAGGGUAAGGAUAGAGGAAAUUUACAAGAAAACAAAGAGUCGGGUGAGGAGCGGGGGAAAGGUCGGAGUGGCGUUCUGGACGGCCAGGGGGGUAAGGCAGGGAUGUCCGCUCAGUCCGCACGUAUUCAACCUGCUGCUGGCGGAUUUAGAAGAGGAAAUGGGGAGAGGCAGAAGGGUUGGGGGGGGGGGGGUGGAGUUGGCCGGCGGCAGGGUAUGUACGUUAGCGUAUGCUGAUGACAUAGUGCUACUAGCGGAACGUGAAGAGGAGAUAGAGGUAAUAAUUAAGAAGUUAGAAAGGUAUAUGGAUAGGAAAAGGCUGACGGUAAAUGUAGGGAAAUCAAGGAUUAUGAGAUUUAGGAAAGGAGGUGGCAGAAGGAAAAAAAUGGAUCGGAGAUGGAAUGGGAAAAGGAUAGAUGAGGUUAAAGAGUUCAGCUGUCUAGGGUGUAGAGUAAAGUGCAAUGGGGGACAGGAAGCACACGUGAAGGAGAGAGUACGGAGGGCAGGGGUAGUAAUGAGGCAGGUAUGGGGAAUAAGAAAAAGAAGGUUUGGGAGGGAUUGGGAAGAAAGGAUUUGGUUAUUUGACAGGCCGGUAUGGACGGUAAUAGAGUACGCAUCGGAGAUAUGGGGGUGGAGGGAGUGGAGGGCGGUCGAGGCGGAACAGGAUAGAUUUUUGAGAUGUACAUUAGGAGUGGAUGGGCGAUCACCGGGAUAUUUAGUAAGGGAGGAACUACAGAGGGAGAAACUAAGGAUUAGGGCAGGGAGAAGGGCAUGGAAUUUUGAAAGGAAGCUGGAGAGAGGGGAGGGUAGCGAGCUAACUAGGAGAUGCUGGGGAGAGAUAAGGGAAAAGGCAGAAGUUGGGAGGCAGGGAUCGAGAUGGGAAAGAGAAAGGGAAAGUUUCUUUGAGGAAAGGGGGGCAGAGAGUAGAGAGGUAGUCGCGAGAAGGGAGAGUGGAGAGGUGGAUUUUAGGAAAAUAGAGGAGAGAGAGAGAGGGAAGAACAGAGAAAAGAGAGGUGGGAGAAAAUAA